AUGCGCUCUGCAUCGCCCGCGAUGCGCCCUGCGUUGCCCCACCUUUCCCCCACCUCAUACGCACCACACCCUCCCUCCCCCUCCCCUCUCCUCUCCCCUCCCCCGCUCCUCCGCGCCCCUCCUUUUCCCCUCCGCCCCACCUCCCCCCUCCUCCGCCCGACUUCCCCCACCCUUCCCCCGGCCACGCCGUCGUUCCUCCGACCAUCCGCGCAAUUUCCCUCAUCCACUCAAUCCCCCGCAUCCGCGCAAUUCCCCCCGUCUCCGCCUCUCCCGGGCACCACUUGCCAUCCCACCAGCACCGCACCUAACCCUUCUGACCAUCCCAACACUCCACCCUCUCCCAACCCUUUCCCCUCUCCUUCCUCGCUUCAACCUUCUUUCGCUCCUACCGCUCCCAACCUUUCCUUCUCUCCUAGACCGUCCCUCGCGCCGCCCACACCCUCGUGGAGCAGCGAGAAGGAAAGGCGAAGCGCAAAGGUAACAGCACCCGGCGCCGCCGCCGCCGCCGCCGUCGCAACCGCCUCUGCAGCACCAGCGUCAGCAGCAGCGGGAGAAGGAGGGGCAGUUGGCGCAGGAGGUGGAGGGGGAGGAGGAGGCGGAGGAGGAGCAGAAGCAGGGGGGAAGGCGAGGAGCGGAGGAAGAGGCAGCAAAGCGGGAGGAGGCGCGGAGGUGCGCCGAGCCGUGGGGCUGUCGGAGCUGGCAAAGGGGAGGGGCGCAGCUGGCGCGAGGGGCGCAGCCGGCAUGAAGGGUGUGGGGGGCACGCAGGGUGUGGGGGGCACGCAGGGUGUGGGUGGUAGCAGGACGGCGACAGGGCAGCAGCGAGAGCGGUGUGCCAAGGCGGCGCCACGCGAUCAGGAAACCUGCCACGAGAGCGUUGCUGCCGUGCCCGCUGCUCCCGCGUCCGCGACCGCUGCUCCCGUGCUCACAGUUUCUCCCGCCGUGGCUUCCCAGUCUCAAAGUCAACCUUCCCCACUCACGCGGAAAGACCUAGACCUGUCCCCACACAUCGCCCCUCGCUCGUCUCACCCGCCUUGCUCCCCCCACGCGCCCUCCUCCCCCUACUCGCCGCGCUCCCCCUACUCGCCGCGCUCUCCCCGCACACCUCACUCCCUCCACACUUCCCGCGCUUCCCCCACUCCUCGCUCCCCACUACGGUCCAUCACCCGUGAUCCGCGCACAAACUCCCCUCUCUCCUCCCCACUCACUCCUCCCCAUCCUCACUCGCUCUUCUCUCCCACCACCACCCCUCCUCGCCCUCCCCUCCCUUCACCCCUCUCCUCCUCCUCCUGCUCCACCCUCCCUGCUCCCCUCUCCUCUCCCUUGGGAUCUCCAGCUCCGUCUCUCGCUCGCCGGGUCUCCACCUCAGCUUCGGGAGCUGGUUCGGCCUCAGCCUCUGGGGGAUCACCCACGCGGAGCUGGAAAGAACGGCCCGAUCCGUCAGGUUUGGCUCAAGGCCCGGGAUCAGGCCCAGCAUUGAGUAGGCUGAGCAGCAGCAGCAAGGAAGGGUGCGAUAACCGUGACGGUCACACCACAAGCAGCAACAGCAACAGCAACAGCAACAGCAACAGCAGCAACAGCAGCAGCGGUGGUAACGCCAGCACCAUCACCGCCACAAACGGCAGCAGCGGUGUGAAGGCAGCAGAGUUCCCAUCGCUCCCGCGCCUGCGCAUGCGCACCCCUCUCUCUCACAGCAUGGACGCCCGCUCGCUCUCCCUCCUCCCCCUCUGCGCUCCCUCUGACGGGAUAAAGCCACGUGGCGCUGCUGAUUCAGCCAGUGUUGACGGUGGUGGUGGUGGUGGUGAUGGUGGUGUUGGUGGUGGUAGUGGGUGUUAUCAUGACCAGUCGAAGCAGCUGAACCCAAACCAGCUGCUGCUGCAGGAGCAGCGAGAAGAGCAGCAAGAAGAGCAGCGAGAAGAGCAGCAGGAGGAGCUUAAGGCGGAGCCGAAGCUACUCCAAGGCAGGCAGCAGCAGCCGGAGGAAGAGAAGUGGCAGCAAUCGCAGCAGCAGCAGCAGCAGCAGCAGAGGAAGGGGCAGGAAAGGCAGCAGAAGCAGCAGGGGGAGGCACGGGUGCGGCGAGGCAGCGUGGCAGUGGACGGCAUGGGCGACUCGUUCCAGGAUUUCAGGAGCCUGCGGCCGGCAGAGUUUGUCCUACGCCGCACAUACUCAGACGUACACGCCUCCUACAGCAUAGACUACCAGGGAGCCCCUCUUGGCACCGGGCAGUUUGGGGUGACCAGGAGGUGCGUGAGCAAGCGCACAGGGGAGGAGCUAGCGUGCAAGACAAUAGACAAGGCGAGCAUCAAGACGCAUGAGGAUGCGGAGGACGUGAGGAAGGAGGUGGCUUGCCUGGAGCUGCUGGCUGGGCACCCCACUGUCGUCACCAUCAAAGAUGCAUUCGAGGAUGCUCAGCAUGUGCACAUCGUCACCGAGCUCCUACCGGGCGGCGAUCUCUUCGACAGAAUCAGAUCGCUCCGCCGCCUCUCCGAGUCGGCUGCCGCCCGCCUGUGCGCCGCCCUGAUCGAGGCCCUGCUGCACUGCCACUGCCGCGGCAUCGCCCACCGCGACAUCAAGCCCGAAAACAUCCUCCUUACAAGCCUCUCCUCCGACUCCGAUAUAAAGCUCAUCGACUUUGGCGUCGCAACAUCCUUCCAACGCGGCGUGCCUUUAACAGACGCGGUCGGGACUCCCGAAUACAUGGCUCCGGAGGUGCUCCGGCAGAGCUACGGUCCCGAGGCGGAUAUAUGGAGCGCCGGGGUGGUGCUUUACGUGGUACUUAGCGGCGCGCCCCCGUUUUGGGGGUCUAAAAGCAAGUCGGUGGUGGAGAGGAUACUCAAGAAAGAGGUGGCAUUCAGAGGGGCCAAGUGGGAGGGCGUGUCGGAGGAGGCUAAGGACCUAGUUGCCCGCAUGCUGGUGAAGGAUGCAAGCAAAAGGAUCGGCGCUCUCGAGAUUCUCGCUCCUAUCGGGUACAACACGACCAUGACGGCUUUAAAGCGCGCCGUGCUCUCGUGGCUGCGCCUCGCGCCGCCUCCCUAUACUCCUCAUGUGUAUUUAAUAGGCUCGCACCCUCUUAACUACUCCCGGCCGCAUCCGUCUCUGGUUUGGCUGGCCCGGCAAUUCCCAAGGCACGUGCACGCUAUAGGCGGAAAAGGGGACAUGGUGGGAGGGGGAAUGCAGGGAGGAGGCGUGGAUGUGACUUAUGACGGUGUGACUAAAAUGAAUUCGCUGUUUGCUCUGGCGAUGCGGGAGCAGCGGGCGGAUGUAGCAGCGGUGAUAGACCCUGACGUGGUGCUCUUGGGGGACGUGAUGGCGGCUGUAGCGCGGCUGACGUGGCAGGAGGAGCAGGAGCGACGGGAGAUGAGGAAGUGGGAGAGAGGGUGGUGGAGGGGAGUGGGGGGGGAGGGAGGGGGAGGCGGAGAGAGAGGAGGAGGACUGUCCUGGUUCCCCAUUGUUCUCGACAAUCUUCCACCGGAAAUCCAGCCGGCCAAUCACAAGCCGCCAGCUGGUGUGGACGAGGCGGGAGUAAGGAGGUUUCUGAGGCGGCAUGCUGAGCUGGACAGUGGCGGGCUGAUCGGGUUUGUGAUGUGGAGCCAGAGACAGUUCCGGGAAGCUUCCUCUGCUGCGAGCAUAGCUGCACAACAAACAGCUACAGCAGCAGCAGUGGGAGGAGGAGGAGGAGGAGCAGGAGGGAUAAGGGGAGGAGGAGGAGGGGAAGGAGGGGAAGGAGAAGGUGAAGCAGCAGGCAAUGUAGCAGCGUUCGACCGAAACGGGUUGCGGGUUUCGUUGUUUCCUGAGCCGAUGCCGCCCUUUUUGUACGGGCGGGGCCCUCAGGGGUGGCAGUGGGUGCUUCGGCAGCUGGCUUGGGCAAGCCGAGGGACGGGUAGUGCUAGUGGUAGCAGCACGGGCAGGGAGGGGGCUGACAGAGGGCAAGAACGAGAAAGGAGGAAGAGAGAGGCACUGGUGGGAGGGGGGGGAGUGGAGGGCAGGUGGGGGCACAGACGAGUGUGGUACUGGAUGGGGGGCGUGGACGGGAAAAGUGCUGCAGUGGAUCGGGGGAGGGGGCUUGGGGAUUAUGCAAUGGCCGAGCAUGACUUGGUGCAUGUGGUUGGUCCGUUGGGUAGGGAGGGGAAGGUGGGAGGGGUGAGUAGGGAGGGUGUGGUGCAUGUGGUUGAUGGCACGGGUGCCGUGUCUGCUGUUCGCAUUGACCCUCACUAUGACUCGGUGAAAGAGGCCGAGCGGGCGAGGGGGGGUGCGGAGCAGGGCAGGAGAAUGGGUGGGGGGGAUGGGGAGAGGGGGAGGAGUGGGAGGUGGGUGGCGCUGCCAGCUGUGCAUAGUGCCACGUGGCAUGGGCAGGUGAAUGAGAUGCUGCUGCGAGGGGGAGUGGGGGACUGGGGGGAAGUACUGGGGGAAGGACGGCGGGAGGGAAGGGGGGAGGGACAGGGGACGGAAGGGGCCGUUGGGGGUAUGAGAGAGGGAGUUGGAGGGGAGGAGGAGGGGGAGGAGGGGGGAGAGAUCGCAUGGGAGUGGAAGAGGUUGGGAGGGGAGCCUACAGUGGCGCAUCUGCGAUGGCAUCUGGCCACGUGCCAUGGGCCCGAAGGUGAACACCCCUGUCUCAUGCGUCGCAUACGCCCUGGCAUCUGCCCCUGUGAACUUGCCCACGCCUCCCGCUGCUCCUCCCUCCCCUCCGCCCCCUUCCGUGCCGGUCCCUACUUCGCCUGCUCCCCUGAACCUCCGCCUCCCCCUCCCCGGCCGGUACUCGCUAUAAGCCUCCCCAAUACCUCGGUUUUGACAUUUGUGAGAACAAAAAGUGCUGUAGCCGGGGAAAAGGGGAUGGAGUCAGUGGGGCGCCUGGAGGGAGGGGGUGAGACCAGACAAGGUGGGGAAGAGGUAGAGGUGGUGCAAGCACGGGGGUUAGAGGAGGUGGUGGGGGAGGUGGCGGAUGGGUACAAGGCGGUGGUGCUUGUGGCGGUCACCUACCACUAUGCCUCCAUGCUUCUCAGCUUCGCUUGCAUGUGGGUGUGUGUUUCUCCUUCCUCCUUUCUCCUCUUGCGCUUUAUGAUGUUUUCCUUCCGGUCUCAUUUUGUCAGGCUCCGCCGUCUCUCAGUGCCCAACCUGCUGGUAGCAGCUCUCGACCCCUCGGCCUACCGCAUCGCUCUCCUGCACGGCCUCCCCGUCUUCUACGACAACACCACUGCAGCACCAGCGUUGCCAAGAGAUGCACAAGGAGCAAACGGAGCACAAGGAGCAAACGGAGCAGAGGGAGCAGAGGGAGCAGAGGGGUUCGGGGCAGGCGGCUGUGCGUUCAACAGCCACUGCUUCCGGCACUACACCAAGCUCAAGAGCCGCGCCGUGCUGCGCGUGCUGCGGCUGGGCUAUGCUGUGCUGUGGAGCGAUGUGGAUGUGGCGUGGUUUGAGAAUGCCAUGCCCAUGCUGUGGCAAUAUGGGGAUGGGGUGCUGGCGAUUCAGGUGAGGAGGGGUUGCGGUGGGCUUGAUGUGGACGUGGCGUGGUCUGAGAAUCCGCUGCCCAUGCUAUGGCAGUAUGGAGAGGGGGUGCUAGCAAUACAGAGCAACGAGCCCGACCCCUCGCUCCCACCCAACGCCAUCCGCCGCAUCAACAGUGGAUUUUACCUCGCUCGCCCCGACCCCCUCACCAUCGCUGCUCUCACUGCUGUGGUCAAGCACGCGGCACACUCACGGCUGUCGGAGCAGCCUUCCUUCUAUGAUGUGCUGUGUGGGGAGCACGGGGAAAGGCGGGUGGGCUCUGAUGCGUGCCAGUGGACCAAUGGCCUGCGAGUAGUCUUCCUGCCGCGUCAGCAGUUUCCCAACGGGGCAGUUUACCAGCUGUGGGGGCCCAGGGAAGGAGAUGCUGGCAGUGGGCAAGGGGAGGUGUUAUCUGGUGCUGAUGGUGAGGGGGAGGUGGUAUCUGCUGGGAGUUCAAGUGCGAGGGACGAGUGUGAAAGAAGAGGGUGUGUGAUUCUGCACAAUAACUGGAUCGCAGGCUACGAUGCAAAGGUGUCGCGCAUGAAGAACCAUAAACUAUGGGGGCACGGCACGAGGGAGGGAGAGGAGGGGCAGGUGUGUGCCACGGUGUGCGGCGUGGUGAAGCGCAUCAACCGCCUGCUCUCCGUGCAGCCGCUCAAGACGUGGUACGUGGCACAAACAGGAGACGUGGUGGUGGGGCGGGUGACAGAGCUCGCCCCCAAGAGGUGGAAGCUGGCUGUGGGGUCGGCGCAUGAAGCACAGCUCAUGCUCUCCGCUAUCAACCUGCCGGGAGGAGCCCAGAGGCGGCGCACAGCAGUGGAUGAACUGAACAUGAGGAACAUCUAUGUGGAGGGGGACCUUGUCACGGCAGAGGUCCAGAGUGUGUUUCAUGAUGGCUCGGUGGUGUUGCACACUCGCAGCGAUAAAUAUGGCAAGUUGUCAGGGGGUCUACUUGUGCACGUCCCCCCAUACCUCGUACGCCGCCUCAAGCAACAUUUCCACAUGCUCUCGCCCUCUGGCCCGCUCCUUGUCUUUGGCUGCAAUGGCUGGCUCUGGGUGGGCCAACCGCCUCCCCCCACCUCUUCAUCCGGCCCAUCUGGAACCCAGGGUGAAGGGGCUAGCGGGGGUGUUGGUGGCGGUGCUGGUGGAAAAGGUGCGGCUGAAACGGCUGUGGGUGUGGAGGAGCGGGAGAGGAUUUGUCGAGUGGCGGCGGCGAUUCGGGCGCUAGAGAGGGGAGGUUUGGCGGUGGAUCCGCCGGCGCUGGCGAGAGUGGUGGAGUGGAGCGUGGCGAUGGGCGUGUCGGUGGCGGAGAUGGGUGAUGAGGAUUUUGUCGCGACUGUUGUGGAAAAGGAGGUGGAGAAGAGGGAGGCUGAUGCGGCGGAGGGGAGCUGA